AUUCUCACUUUGGACAUCAUUUUGGCUGCAUGCAAUAGGAUUGCUGCAAUUGCAUUGAUAAAUAAGAAUAUUCGAUAAAAUGGGAGAUUUGAGAUCGGAUCCAAGCGUGGCGGUCCGUUUUAAAAUAAACGACCAAGAUUUCACGGUUUCUGAAUCUGAUGGGGUUUCCUCCUCGACAAGGUUGGUUUCAUACAUCAGGGACACAGCUUUGUUAAAGGGGACGAAGAUAAUGUGUCACGAAGGGGGCUGUGGGGCCUGCUUGGUUACGGCUUACCUGCCAAAUGGUGACAUUAAAGCGGUCAACUCGUGCUUAACUCCUGUCCUGAGUUGCGACGGGUGGAAAAUUUAUACAGUUGAAUUUCUGGGGAAUAGUAGAGAAGGGUAUGAUAAGAUUCAGAAGAAAGUUGUGUACCACUCGGGCACCCAGUGCGGAUUCUGCACACCAGGAAUGGUCAUGAAUAUGUACAGCUUGAUGGCAGCAAAACCUGCCGGAGUCACCAUGGACGAUGUUGAGAACGGGUUUGACGGGAAUAUCUGCCGCUGCACGGGCUAUCGCUCGAUCCUUGACGCCAUGAAGUCUCUGGCUACAGAUGCCCCUGACACGCUAAAAGUUGAAGAUGGUAGUCUUUCCCGCAUCCCGAUGAAAGGGUUAGGUCAACAAAACGGUUGUUGCGGUGCGGUAGAAAACUGUUGUCGGGCAAGCACGGUUAUGCGAAAUUUUGGCAAGGGUGCAAAAAUCCAUUUAAGAUUUGGCGACAAUGACGAAUGGGUCCAGCCAAAAGAUAUGGAUCAACUAUUUGACGUAAUGAAGGGGUGCAUCCAGGCAGGGGAAGAGUACCGUUUCAUAGCGGGAAACACGGGGUCAGGAGUCUACGCACCACCACCCGCCCAAGUUAAGAUUGAUAUAACGGCCCUUCCAUUGGAUGAAUGUUCGAUAGGAUCAAACUCUUUAAUGGUCGGAGCGUGCACACCGCUCGUGAAAUUGAUUGAAACACUGAACUCGGUUGAUCCCGCACAAUUCGCAUAUGCAAAACUCAUGGCGCAACAUAUUUCCAGAGUGGCGUCCACACCGGUCAGAAAUAGGGCCACCGUCGCAGGAAACUUGACAUUGAAACGUCUCCAUCCCGAAUUUCAAUCCGACAUUUUCACAAUCUUGGAAACUGUGGGAACUUCGAUUGAAAUCACCUCAGUCGAUAAGAUCACUAGCAUCUGUCCUCUUCGGGACAUCUUAGCGCCAGGUUUUGACAUGAAGGGUAAAAUUAUAACGGCAUUAUCACUCCCAAAGCGGGCAGUGAGCGAGUAUCAAUACCGGAGUUAUAAGAUUUCUAAACGAUUUCAAAACGCACAUGCGUACGUCAACGCCGGAUUUCUUUUCAAGAUUGACGCUAAGUUUAUCGUUACGGAAAAGCCGAGCAUUUGCUAUGCUGGGAUCACGGGACAAUUUGUGCACGCCACAAAAUGUGAAGAAUAUCUUAACGGAAAGCCUCUAAACUUGCAACAAACUUUAGAUGAGGCGUUGGACUUGUUAGACGAGGAAGUAGUCCCUGACCCAGUGGCGGGUGAAGCGGACCCGAAAUACAGAAAAACUCUGGCAAAAGCACUAUUAUACAAGGCAAUCCUCUCUAUUCUUGGAGAAGCAGCAACUCCGAGUAUGCGGUCAGGCGGGACCAACUUGGAACGCGUGAAUAACAAAGGAACGCAAAAAUUUCCAGAUCAUUCUGGCGAUGAACCGCUGUACAAACCGGUCAGAAAAAUAGAAGCAAUCCAUCAAACGUCGGGCGAAGCCGAAUAUAUCGCAGACCUGCCCCACGAUCCGAACGAGCUGGUCGGCGUGUUUCUCCUCAGCAAGGAGGCGAACGCUACUUUAGAGAGUAUCGACGCCACGGAGGCGCUAAAAGUGCCAGGUGUGGUGGCCUUCUAUCAGGCCAAGGAUAUCCCAGGGGUUAACAAUUAUAUGAAAUUUGGGAUUUAUGGAGGACCAUCAGUAACCGAGGACACGGGAGUCUGUCCAGUCAGCUAUUCUGCAACUUCUGGAGGACAACUUUCUGUUGGAUCAAUUCGAAAAAAGAAGCCGGUUGAGAGAUACGGACUGUGCAGAUCUGUUGGUGGAGCUGGGGGAUCCGCAGUAUUUCGGAGAUUAAAUCAAAUGGCAAAAGCACAAUUAGCACAGGCUGGAACCUCGCUUGCCUAUUCGGCAACAGCAGCAGAUUCCGGAGCCGGAGACACUUACACCCUAACGCAGGAAGGUCCCGAUGUCGACACAGUCUUCGCCAGUGACAAAGUUUCCUACUUUGGACAGGCUCUUGGCCUCAUAGUCGCCACUUCGAGAGGGGCGGCCUCCCAAGGACUGGCCUUGAUCAAAGUGAACUACGUGAAGAAAAAUGUGCCGAAAUUGGACUUGAAAAAAUUAUACAAUGAGGCAAAGCAGGACGGGACACUUGACGAGCACAAUGCCAUGCCCAACCUGAAAUUUGAAGCUGAACGGAAAGGGAAUGAUGUUCCAUUUAUGACAAUUGACGGAAAUUUCAAAAACGGGGGUCAAUACCACUACCACAUGGAGACGCAGUCGUGCUUCUGUAUCCCUAAAGAGGACUCGAUCGAUGUUUAUGCAGGCACACAGUGGAUGGAACACACCCAAUAUGUUGUUGCCUCGCUUCUUGACAUCCCUCAUCACAAGGUAAACGUCGAAGUUCGCCGAUUGGGUGGAGGAUUCGGGGCAAAACUGACGCGUAACUCGGCCGUAGCCGCGGCCUGCGCACUUGCCGCGUAUAAACUUGGAAAACCCGUCCGCGUCUCGUUGGACAUGUCGGGAAAUAUGGACAUGAUUGGAAAACGGACGGAAUAUUUUACAGAUUACAAAGUCCAAGUUAACAAAGAUGGCAAGAUCUUAUCGUUGAAUGCCGACAUUUCAUGUGGGACGGGAUUUACUCCCGUGGAAUCAGAUAAUGUCGGAUUUUGCAUCCCAUUCGUGCAAAAUGCGUAUGCUUGCGAUGGGUGGAAAUUAACGCCGUAUAAUUUCGUGUCAAACACGGCGUCGAACACGAGCACGCGAGGACCAGGAAGUGUAAAUGGCGUCUCGAUAAUUGAGUAUAUCAUGGAUCACAUCGCAUUCAUGUUGAAGAAGGACCCCUUGGACGUUCGCAGCGCAAAUUAUGCCACGCCCGGUGACGUGUACCUCUCCACCAAGGCGAAAAUGUCGGAAGACAAUAAAAUUCCCGAAAUGAUGGCGCAAAUUCUGCAGGAUUCUUCCUACAAUGAGAGAAAGGUCGCAGUUGCGGAAUGGAAUAAGAAUAACCGAUGGAAGAAACGAGGCCUGUCCGCUCUCCCGGUGAAAUUCUUGAUAGAAUAUUUAACCGCGAAAUUUACCGUGUUCGUCGCCAUCUACCACUUUGACGGGACGGUGUCAGUGACGCAUCCGGGUAUCGAGAUGGGUCAGGGUGUCAACACGAAAGUUGCACAAACGGUCGCAUACGCGCUGGGGAUUGAUUUGCACCUCGUGAACGUGAAGCCUAGCAAUAAUAUGACUGGGGCAAACUCAUUCUUGUCCGGGGCUUCUUUUACGUCGGAGCUUUGUUGUUAUGCUGCGUUAAAAGCGUGUGAAAUUUUGAACGAGCGAAUGGCCACGACGAGGGAGCAAUGCAGGACUGCCCCUUGGAUUGAGUUGGUCAAAAAAUGUUUCGCCAAUGACGUGGACCUUGCAGCAUCUUAUAUGCAAAAACCAGGAGACCUUAAGCGAUGGGAUGGUGACGAAAUUGUAUACCCCGUUUGGAUCGUGGCAGUGACCGAAGUGGAAUUGGAUAUUUUAACAGGAGAAAAUAGGAUUAUCAGAGUCGACAUUUUACAAGACGUCGGGAAAAGUUUAAGCCCAGAGAUAGACAUUGGUCAAAUGGAGGGAGGGUUCGUCAUGGGGCUGGGAUUCUUCACGACGGAGCAGCUUAUCUGGGAUGACAAGGGAAAGCUCCUCACGACUCGAAGCUGGAAUUAUAAGCCACCUCAGACGAGAUGUAUCCCACAAGAUUUCCGCAUAACGAUUUUGGCCAAUACUGAAAAUCCGAAUGGAGUUCUUGGAUCAAAAACAACCGGAGAACCAACUUUGGUGGCAAGUUUCGGCGUCGUGCUCGCAAUUAAGGAUGCCAUCCAUGCAGCUAGAAAAGACGCGGGAAAUACGGAUUGGUUCCAACUGGACACUCCCGUCACACCGGAGGAUAUUGUCCGAUAUGCGCAAGUUAAAGGGACAGAGUAUCUGGUUUAGGUGUGUGUAAAUAUGUGCUUGUCAUAGGAAAGAAAGAAAUAAUUUUAAAAUUAUGGAAUAAGUUUAAAUAAAUAUUUGUUUCUGAAAAAAAUGCAUUUCCAGGUUGCGUCUUUAUAUAUGUAAUUAUAGUGAUACAAAUCAACUAACACUUUAAAUACCCUAAACAAAUAAAAUAAUCUGUCUGUUACCAUUGUUUACAAAUGA